GCCCCUGUCAUGUGACUUGGUCGAGCUCCCGCGGAUCAGACACGGUGAUUGUCGCUCGAUUGACAGCGGAGUCAAAUCACCUGGUUGCUCUUGAAGUUCCGUGGGCUGCCUUCAGUUCUCUUUCAGACUGGGGCCACUUUUUGCUCGAUUCCACCUCUGCAUUGUUCUUUGUUUAACACGUCUUCUACCAGAUUUUACGCGCGCUACGAGUUGUUGAUACUAAUCAUUGAGCUUCAAUAGCCAUUGCUCUUUGCGCAUUUAGCACCACGAUCACGAUCGCUACACGAUUCCUGCAUAUUGACUCCGUCUCACCCAGAACAUCAAAGCGAUUAAAGCGCUUUCGUUCGCCCCGAUUCACGCAUCGGUAACCAACGCUACCGGUCAACAAUCUUCGUGUCAAACACAUCUUCGACCUCCGAUAAUCGCGCGUGCAAUCUUGGAAAGCAAAAGGAAUAUCAGACAGACAUCAUGUUCUUCCUCAAGGAAGAAACCAAGGUCAUUACCUUGCACCCGUCCUUCUUCGGACCCAACAUGCGGGAAUAUCUCAUCACCCGGUUAAAUGAGGAGGAAGAAGGUCGAUGUACAGGCGAUCACUUUGUGAUCUGCGUCAUGGACAUGGUAGAUAUCGGCGAAGGACGUGUGAUGCCCGGCAGCGGACAAGCGGAGUACACGAUCAAAUAUCGCGCAAUUAUCUGGAAACCGUUCCGAGGCGAGACUGUUGAUGCGAUCGUAACCUCUGUCAAGCCUACUGGAAUCUUCACUCUGGCGGGACCGUUGUCUGUGUUCAUUGCGCGAAAGAACAUUCCCUCUGAUAUCAAAUGGGAACCCAACACGGUACCGCCCCAGUAUACGGAUCAUGCAGACCAGGUGAUCGAGAAGGGAACGAGCCUGCGGCUCAAGAUCCUGGGUGUGAAGCCCGACGUUGCGGCAAUCAAUGCCAUCGGUACAAUCAAAGAGGAUUUCUUGGGACCCUUGUAAUUUGCUUGGAAUGAGAAUUUCUCUUCCUUUUCUUCUAUCCGAGGAUACCAACGCCACUGCAAAGGAAGCCUGAACUCUUUAGCCUGUCGUACCACCACUCCCAUCGCUAUAUAGAGACGCCCGCAGCAUCAUCUACUCAACUUGAUGCCCGGACGAUGCGCUUGCUGAGGCCUCACAGAAGCGCAUCGAAAAGUUUCUCCAAGCGGGAUAUCAUUUGGGGGGAUGGUAUCUUGCUUAUCCUGGCAAAAAAAAAAAAAAAAA